CAUCACAUGGCUUCGGAGGGUUUCCAUGGAAAGGCCGGGGGGAGAGGAGAGGAGGGCGGGCUCCGGAGCAAGCGGCGCCGCGGCGACGACGACAAGAGCUCCCGGCUCGGGUCUCUGUCCCUGGGAAGCGGACAAAGGACGGCGCCCGGACAUGGGGUCCCUCCCAGUGGAGUUCGAUGAUGUCCCUCUCAGUGCGGCCCCAGCGACGCAGUCUGGUGGUCAGGAUCAAUAGAAGCCAGUCGUUUGCUGGGGUCAAUUCUACCCAGGACAAAUCUUUCAGGAAUUUCCCUGCAUUCAGCACACCGACUGUCUCCAGGAAGUCUGGCUCCAGAGUCAGUAGGAUGUUUUCAAUGUCCCACAAGUCCCCUCCGCCCAAGGUGCCCCAGCCAGAACGACUCGAUGAAGUGUAUGAAGCACUGAAGAAGGGACUAACAGCUUACCUGGAAGUACACCAACUGGAGCUGGAGAAGCUGACCACCCAGAUCCGUGAGUCCAAGAGGAAUUCCCGCUUGGGCUUUCUUUAUGACCUUGAUAAGCAAGUCAAGUCCAUCGAGCGAUUUGUACGCCGCCUGGAAUUUCAUGCUAGCAAGAUAGACGAACUCUAUGAGGCUUACUGCAUCCAACGAAGGCUUCGGGAUGGAGCCCAUAACAUGGUUAAGGCCUACACAGCCGGAUCACCUGGUAGCAAGGAAGCCCGGGAGAGCUUGGCCGAAGCUGGAAAGGGUUACAAGGAGUACACAGAGAAUAUGUGUCUACUGGAAAGUGAACUGGAGAGCCAGCUGGGAGAGUUCCACAUCAAGAUGAAAGGAUUGGCUGGCUUUGCUCGACUGUGUGCUGGGGACCAAUACGAGAUCUUCAUGAGGUAUGGACGCCAACGAUGGAAGCUACGGGGCCGCAUUGAGGCAAACAGCAAGCAAGUGUGGGACAGCGAAGAUAUUACCUUCCUGCCUCUCAUUACGGAGUUCCUGUCUAUCAAGGUUACAGAGCUGAAGAGCCUGGCCAGUCAUGUGGUGGUGGGGAAUGUCUCCUGUGAGACGAAGGACCUGUUUGCAGCACUUCCCCAAGUGGUGGCAGUGGAUAUUAAUGACUUAGGCACCAUUAAGCUGAGCCUGGAGGUGAACUGGAACCCAUUCGACAAAGAGGACCAGCCGUCAUCAUCCAGCUCUGUGAAUAAGACAUCCACGGUCAACAAGAGAUUCUCCAUGUACAACCAGAGUCCACCCGACACACCGUCCAUGCGGGAACAGGCCUUUUAUAACAUGCUGCGGCAACAGGAGGAGCUGGAGAAUGGGGCAGCCUGGUCCAUCUCUUCGGAGUCGUCGGACGACUCCUCCAGCCCCCAGUUGUCUGGGGGUGCCCGCCACAACUUGCCCAGGUCCGUCGUCCAACCCGCAGUGCAGGCCGCUGCCCCCGCCAUAGAAAUUGCCUUCACUCAGCCCGAGGACAAAGAGCCGCCCGUCGUUCAAGAGGAGGCAACAGUGGUCAACGGGCACGCGCCCUACACCCGGACUCUGAGCCAGAUCAGCGAAGCCAGUGCGGACCUCCCUGUGGCCGAGGACGGGGAAUGCCUCCCCUCCAAGGAUGCUAGUCCUCAUGAGCUGCCUUCCCUGGGAACGGACUCUUUGCCUCAAAGUGCAGACUUGACAUUGGACGCUGCGAUCAGUGAAGGUGGAGAGCGAGAGGCCGACGCAGGUACAGUCGACUCCGUGGCAGAGCAAGUCGAAGCCCAGGAAGCUGAGCAUCCAGAGUCCUCAUUGACAUCCCCAGCAGUCCCACAGGCACCAAGGCCCAAGCAUGCCGUGGACUGUGGCCUGGAGGAGGCCAUCAACUCCUUGGCCUCGGCUCUGGACGACUACCGGGGGCAGUUUCCGGAGCUGCAGACAUUGGAACAGGAGCUCAAGCAUCUAGAGGAAAUUAUCCUGCAGAAGCAGGGAGUGUGCCUGAGCCGGUCUUCCAGCACUAGCCUGACGGUGGAGCAUGCCCUUGAGAGCUUUAGCUUCCUCAAUACUUCCGAUAAUGAGGAUUCAGAUGACGAAGGGAGGACGGCCAAUGCCCAGCCCACGUCAUCGAGCAGAGUCCUUGCAGCCGGAGAGACCGUGACUGAAGAGGCCGCAGGGGAGGGCUCAGAGCCCAUGAGUACUGGCAACGAGUUCCUCGACCAAGCCUUAGUCUUGCACCUUAAGCACUGCAACCAUUUGCUGCUGAAAUUGGGCAAUUUUGGACCCCUCCGCUGCCGGGAGAUGCAUGCACUGGACAGACUGGGGAGGGAAGUGCAUGUCCUGGAGAUGGUUUGUCGCCUGGUGGAGGAGCAGACGUGGACAGCCGCUUCUUCCGAAGAAGUGGUCCGGUUUUCUACGUGGAAAGAGGGAGUGCUGUCUUUCUGGGAUAGCUGUAUCACAGCCCCAAACGUAUACACUUGCCAUGUAGAAAAGUUCCUGCAGAUGCUCAGUUCCCAGUAUGGAGCACGAAUCAACGAACACCAGCAAACCCUGGCAGAUCCAGUUUGUGUGAAGCUGGUAGAGGAGCUUCUGCAGCGCCGGCUGCCCAGGCGUCAGGGGAGCUGCCAAUCUGAGCAAGUCACCCUCUUCCAGUAUUGGAGCCACUUUGAGGUCCUGCCUGUCUUAACACUGGACUCCUACAUUUUGGAGUUGGCAGAAGAAGUUUUGCUCGCACAGAAUCUGAACUCAGAUGACCAAGAUGUGGUAUUGAAAGCCCUGAAGCGUGUUCCUGAGAGCAGGCUCCGUAAAGACGGACUGAAGGCUUUGAGUUUGCUUCUUGUCGAAGGAAACAGCAAAGUAGUUGGGGCUGUGUCUGCACAGCUGCGGAGCCUAUCGGAGAACCCUGGCUUCCGGGAGCGGGCCCUGCUUUGCUAUCUCGAGCAGCUGGAGGAUGAAGAGGUGCAAACACGGAUUGCUGCCUGUGCUGCCUUGGGCUGCCUGAAGGCCAAGGAGAGCAUUGAGCAGCUGGUGUACCUGUGCCAAACGGACAAAGAGGCGGUGCGAGAGGCAGCCAAACACAGCCUCAUGCUGUGUGGGGAAGAUGGGAAAUCUGCUCACCGACGGCUGGAAGAGUCCCUUGACAGUUUGCCCCGGAUCUUUGCCCCGGGAAGCAUGGCUAGCACUGCAUUCUGAACAACGGUGCUGUGUCCGUCCACCUGCAGAUCCUUUGGGGGCACAAACAUUAUAUGCCAUAGGUCUUUUAACUAGCUCAUGCGAACUGGGUUUGAAUCAGUGUGCCACGGACUAGGAAGCUUUUACCUCUCAACGCAUGCACACACUGCAGUAUUAGUACCACUCACACACUGCCUUAUACAGAGGAUGCCUUUUUCCUAGCUCCACUGGCUGCUGCACUCAUGGAGUUGAUGCGGGCACAAGGGCAGUCUCCUGGGCUGCUGCUGCUUCUUUUUAUUUUCAAGAGUGUGGGCUUCUUGUCUUUCAUCAGCCAGAACUAACACAAGAAGGAAGAAGAUGACAACAGUAGCAGAAUGUCCUUGGUUGCAAAGGCCAUCUCCCAUUUGGAAAAACCCUUGUAUGUUUGAAAUCCCACUUCUGACCCGUGCUGCCUUCUGGGGCCUGUGAAUAUUGCAGGAAACUGGGGCCAAGGUAUAUUCUACUAUAUAUAAAACAAAUUGCAAGUAGCUCUCUUAUCUGUGAGCAAACGCGAGCACAAAGACUACCACUGGAAGUUCUCCCCGUCCUGGGCUGGAGGAAGGGAUGGUUUUUAAUGGUGGUGCUGUUGAAGGCGGACGUGACACCGAUAGACGGAAACAGCCACCUCUUCAGCUAUUUUAUUAUUUUUUAUUUACACAUUUGUGAGAGGGGGUGGGGAAGUUGUAGACCAAGCAAGAUGUCCCUUUUCUAUAAAAUAUCUAUAAAUUUAUCUGUAUAUCUACAUAUAUAUAUAAAUAUAUAUAUAAUGUAAUUAUCAAGAGGUUUGGCUAAUUUUGACUUUAAGCCUGAAAUUAAAAAAAAAAGUUUUGAGCAAAUAA